GGGCGGAGACCAUUGCGGCGCCUGCACAUUUCCUCAGUGUGGUGUUGUUUGUUUUUGAUGAGCGGUGGAGGUGCAGCUGGGAGUGGUGCGUUUGAUAUUGGCGUGAAGAUAAACGAUAAUAUCUGACAUUCGGUAUUUUGAGACCCUCAGGAUCUUCAGGGUGCUGUGGCACUGCCAGCCCAGCCAUCCUCAAGAUGGACAGUGUGCCACCUGUGGAGCACUUCUCGCUUCGCUGGAACAACUUCCAGUCCACCAUCACCUCAGCUCUGGCCGGACUCCGAGACACCCAGGCGUUUGUUGAUGUCACACUCUGGACUGAUGGACGUCAAAUCAAGGCGCACAGGAAUGUUCUCUCGGCCUGCAGUCCUGUUCUGCUGGAGCUGCUUAAGGAUAACCCGUGCGCGCACCCGAUCAUCAUCCUGCGUGACGUCACGCACGCGGAUUUGUCGGCCAUCGUGACGUACAUGUACCAGGGAGAGGUCAAUGUGGCUCCCGAGGCGCUGCGCACCUUCCUGCACACCGCACAGCUGCUCAAGGUCAAGGGCCUGGCAGACACCGGCAUACAGCAGGAGGCGGACGCCUGUAUCUACGACUCGCCGGUAUCAGCCGGCAGUGAGUCGCCUCGGCCGGUCUCGCCACCGAAGCGGCGCCGGCCGGCAGCCGCCGACGAGCCGCCGCCGCCGGAGCUGGCGCCCGCUCCCGCCCCCGCCACCGCCACCGCCCCCGCCCCGGUGGCGGUGAACGGGCAUGGACCGGACGGCGGCGGCGGCGGCGGGAAGGCAGUGACGCCCGAGCCCGAGCCGCCCGAGACGGAGGGCGAUAGGGACAGGGAGCGGGCCCGGGAUAUUCUGAUCGACCGGGACGGCCUCUCGGCGCAGCAGCUCAUGCUGGCCGUGGAGGAGCUGGAGAAUGGAGAUGUUGCCAUGGAUGCGCUUCCUGCUAUUGAUGACCCACCUUCUAGUCUGCCAUCGCCAGCGACCAUGCUGGCGAACACCCCGAUUGUCGGCGGUGCUAAUGAUCUGCUGCGUCGCUCCCGCUGGUGUCCCUCCUGUGACAAGAUGAUCGUGCGCGACUUCGCGCGGCACAAACGCGAGGUACACGGCGAGUCCAAGCCGCUUCCCUGCGACCUGUGUGGCUCGGUGUUCAAGUACAAACGCUCGCUGCAAGUGCACGUGAAGCGCAAGCACGACAUCUCCUGGGAGAACUACCGACAGACUUUUGACGUGGUCCCGCCGACCGACUCCGAGCCCCAGGAUCUCAGCCUGCGCACCAGCACCCGCUCGCCAGAGGCUAGAUUCAGAGACGAGGGCGCCACCUAGAGCGGAACCGAUACGAAUCCGCCACAGUGCCAACGUGCCGCCAGCCGCCGCGGGCUCCGGAGCUAACUGAGAGCUCCGUGAGCUACAGGAGCCUUCGGAGCCACGGGGGGAGCCGUGAGCGAGCUGUGGAUGAACCACAGGAGUGCCAGUUGUGAGGGGGCGUGGCGAAGUUCCCCGGUCUGCAGGGACUGAUUGUGGAGGGGCUGGUCCGGACAGAAGGGCUGGACCGGUGACUGUGGCUCCUCCAGUGAUCCGUGGGGGAUUUUUCGGCGCCUUUUCGCGCCACUGUGUUCAGGGCUGACGGUGUGACGCGUGUGUGAGCGUCUGCUCGUGAGUGUGGGGACGGGACGAAAUUUUCAGACGAGUGCCGGGCUGCCACCGGUCGCGGUCUUGUUCAGACCGCUGCGGCCAACGCACAAGCUUCUGGCUUACCCCGCCGACAUACCCUGCCGUGCGUUUGUGUGCUUGUGUGUGCGUGUGUUUUGUACUCGCCCCGCGGCGGGAGCUUUCAGUCCAGGACUCGAGUCGGCCUCUGAGCAGGUCGGAUACCCAGUCAGCGUGCUGCGCCCCAGAUUCAGUCAUGUCGUAUAUAUUCUGUACCCCGAGGGCAUGUUAUUAUCGUUUGCCAGCGCGUCGGCUGCGCGGCGCGCCUGUUUAUAGCUUUUUUGAGCGGCCGGCGCGGGCCGCUAUUCCCCAGUUGUGAUUGAGUUGCCAUAUUCUUUCCUCGGAGACAUUCCAGCGAAACUGUGAUGACAGGACUAGUCUCGAGACACGCCUGGCCCGCGCGGGGGCCGCCCGCCGCCGCUGCCGCCGCUCUCUAUCUGUUUAUCGCCUGUGGCUGAUACAAAUGGCUGAAUAUCAUUAUACAGUGGA